AUGAUUGAGCUGAUUAAACAUGAGUGUGUCAUUUUCUGGUCACCUUCAUUAUUCUACCCACGAAGAUUCCCAGGAAGUUUCCUUACACUUUUUACAAAUCCUGAUGUACACUGCAAUUCUCUUGAAGUUCUUCCAAUAAUUAAACACUUCUCUUGCUCUUCCCUUUCACCUGUUAAGAAGAUCGAGUACAUUUCUCUCCAUUGGUUUUGCUUUUCAGUAAUUAUUGAAGUCAAUCAGGAUGAAUAAUAACAGUGCAGUCGGGUUACAGGUACACCGGUGAAGCGCUGGUGAAGACGAAAGCUGCCUCUGAAACCAUAAGCGCUGAGAAUGAAAAGCAAGCGGCUAGAUAACAAAAAGUUUGGAGCUUCCCGAAACAAGAAGAAUAAGACUCCUACAGUGUAGUUCAUAUGGGCAAAUUUUGGAGACGAGUACAAGCACGGGGAAACUCUUUUUGGGUGUGGAGUAUGAUUUGGAGGCUUAGUUAUAUUUUGUUUUCUUAUUGGCAAUAUGCAGUAGUUGAAUCGCGAAGACGUACCUCCAAUCUACAACUUCAAGACUAAAAGAAUAGAGGGUCAAAAGAAGGGACACCGAAGAAUGGAUGACUACACUUGGGUGUUUAGGAAUAGUUUUGAAAUUGAGUACAUGGGUAUUGUAAUACUAUGUAUUGAAAUAUAGUAUAGCCGUAUGUAACAGAUUGUGAAGCAAUAGUGAUAUAGGGAGUGGCUUUUGUUAGACAAGUGAACGUUU